AUGGAGCUUGGAGACGCAGCGGCUCUCCUCCUGGCAGCCUGCGCUGCCUGCCUCAUGGUCUUCUGGGAGUGGAAACGGCGGCAACGAACGAGCAAACUCCCCCCAGGGCCAACAUUUCUUGAACUCCUUGGCUACCUGCUGCAGGCCUGGAACAAGGGGGUGCUUCAAAUACUGUGGAAGGUGAGAGAGAAGUACGGCCCCGUGUUCAUGGCGAAUUUCGGCAUGCGGCAGGUCGUGUUUUUCUGCGACUCCGACUCCGUGAGGGAAGCCCUGGUGGACCAAGGAGAAGAGUUCAGUGGGAGAGCGAGAAUGGAUUCAGUGGACAGGUUCUUCCAUGGUCAUGGUGUCGUCAUGGCUAACGGGGAACGGUGGAAGCAGCUCCGGCGAUUCUCCGCUUCAACCCUGAGGAAUUUUGGGAUGGGGAAAAAAAGCAUUGAGGAGCGGAUCCAGGAAGAAUCUCAGUACCUGGUAGAGGAGAUGGGGAAAAACAAAGGUUCUCCCUUCGACCCCAGCCUCGCCAUCACACACUCGAUUGCCAACAUCAUCUGCUCCAUUGUCUUUGGGAACCGCUUCGACUACAAGGACCAGAACUUCCUGAACUUGAUGGGCAGCAUCAACAACUUAUUCUUGGAUAUGAGCAAGAUCUCAACUCUGUUCUACGAGAUGUUUCCGAGGAUCAUGCCAUACAUACCCGGCCCGCACAAUCAGGCUCAUAAACACUACAAGGCCCUACACGAUUUCAUCCUGGAAAGGAUGAGGAUAAACCAGCAGAGCCUGGACCCCAGCUGCCCUCGGGACUUCAUUGACUCCUUCCUCGUCAGGAUGGAAGAGGAAAAGCAAAACCCACAGAGUGAAUUCAGCACCAGGAACCUGGUGGACACAGCAAUCCAGUUAUUCUUUGGAGGGACAGAGACGACGAGCUCCACCCUAAGAUUCGGACUCCUGCUCUUGAUGAAAUACCCAGAGGUCCAAGACAAGGUGCAUGAGGAAAUCGACCAUGUCAUAGGGCGGACCCACAGCCCAGCCAUGAACGACCGAGGCCGGAUGCCAUACACCAACGCCGUGAUCCACGAGAUCCAGAGACUGGCUAAUAUCCUCCCCAUCGGGGUCCCGCACAAAGUGACCUGUGACACCCACUUCCGGGGGUACCUUCUCCCCAAGGAUACAGAUGUCUACAUGAUCUUGGGCAUACUUCUCCAGGACCCCAAAUACUUCAAGGAUCCAAAAAGCUUUCACCCGGAGCAUUUCCUGGACGAGGAAGGCCACUUCAAAAGGAAUGAUAGCUUUCUGCCGUUCGGCACAGGAAAGAGGGUGUGUCUGGGCAAAAGCCUGGCCCUCAUGGAGCUCUUCCUGAUGCUGACCACCAUCCUGCAGCGCUUCACCCUGAAAUCACCAAAAGAGCCACAGGAAAUCGAUCUCACCCCAAAAGUGAACGAACUUGGGAUUGUUCCUCCAAACUACGAGCUCUAUGCCCUCCCGCGGGAGGAAGGGCUGCACGACAGUGCCUAGGACAUGGAACAGGCAUGCAACAGGGCAAAGCACCUCCUUCUCCUUCAUGUCUCCACUCCAAAAUGUUAGAUGGGCUGCUCCCAAUAUGCUGCACAGGUGUUGGUGUUGCCAAAUCUUGUGGGGUGCAUUGUGGUGCUACAGGGCAUCUCAGGACAUGAUCCAGGUUUGUGUCGCCUGACAAACAUUGCUUGGUUGUGUAGAGGC